GAAGAAGAACGUGCCAGGCGGCUUGGCCCGCCUGACCGCAGAUCCUGAGGACGUCUCCUUGCCGGCCUGGCCUCUCAGUGCGCCCGGGAUGAUGGAGAGUGUUGGUUCCUUUGGCGUUCUCUUUUCUGUGACCGUGCAGACCAUCUUUCCUCCAGACCUUCGGCUGCUAUUGGACGCCCGCCGCUGGAUGUCCCAUAGACGCCUUACAGUCCAGUACCCCACACCAUUCAUCCGAGUCCUCCAGGCUGCAGCCUAGGAGUCAUCGUGGACUCCUCCCUAUCUCCCAGCCCCCAGGCCUGGCUGCCUUCAGCUCAGAGCUAAACUCGCACCUAGGAGAAGCCUUUCCCAGUCCCCCUGUUGAUAUGUUUCCAACUUAUCCGGUCUAUAGCUUGUUCAGAUACAAUUGUUUGCACGCUGUCUUCCUCCGUUGGCCUGGAAGAGCUUUGGAAAGCAGGGACGGUUUUUGGUUUCCUUUCUAUCACCAGCAUUUAGCUCAAUGCCUGGCACAUAGCUGUUUGCCCGUACCUCUGUUCAAUCAGAAAAAAAGGGCCCGGCAGCCCUUCACAUCCAGCCCAGGUGCCGCCUCCCAGACGCAGGAUUUUCCUCCUCUGCCAACAGAUUUCACCUGGGAGAUGAUGAAGCCUGGGGCGCCGCUGCUGAAGAAGAUGAUGAAUGCUGGGCAACAGUCACCUACUGUCUCUCAUCUAAAGCAAGAGAGUGGGUUUAACCGAGACCAACUGGACGUGGCAAGAAGUCAUAAUUGGAGUAGUUGGAGCCAUAGAGAAGAGAGUACAAAGCCUUGGGACAGACAUGAGUUUGCACCUCAGAGGAAAAGCUCGUGUUCAGUGGCCAGCAGUGGCCCCAGUGCUGGUCUGGCAACUUUGGAAAUGAAUCGGAGACAGUGGGACCGUCCUCAGGCAGCAGGUGCCCAAGGGCUGGGGAGCAGCAGCAGCUCAUUGCAUGUGGCGAAAUGCAGUUCUCAACCAGGUCAGCUUAAGAGAAGAACCUUUGGGAACAGUCCAGAGGAAAAAAGCAUUAAGGAAGUGCCAGGGUGCCAGCUCAUGCUGAAGGAAGAUGACCCUUCUCUUAGAAUUCUGCCAGCGGUCAUUGAAAGUAUGAAGCUCUGGAAGGAGCGCCUGCCCCACUGGCCACUGCUCUUUGAAGUGUUAGGCGUACUUGACUCAGCCGUUACGUCAGGUGCAUAUGGUGCCAAGACCUUUCUCCUGAGAGAUGGAAAGAGCACUGUGCCAUGUGUGUUUUAUGAAAUUGACCGCGAGCUUCCAAGGCUGAUAAGAGGCCAUGUGCAUAGGUGUGUGGGCAGCUACGACCCAAAGAGGGGCCUUCUCCAGUGUGUGUCCGUCAGGCCUGCGUCUGCUGCCGAGCAGAGAACGUUCCAGGAGUUUGUCAGAACCGUGGAUGCCAAGAUAUCCUAUUAUACCAGCGCCAUGAGCGAGAUGUGAAGAAGCAGGCCUCCUCUGAGGCAGGACACCUGCAUUUUAGAUUCCUGACGACCUUUAGUAAGCACUGCUGAGUUAUUUAAACGUUGGAUUUUUCACAGUUUCUGUUAUUUGUUACAUAGGUAGGGUUGGGCCAGGUUAGCCUGUUUACAGCUGUACCAUAAAUAAAGUGAGUUUGACUUCAGCAUU